AUGACGCCCGAAGAGAUGUCUAUCUUGGGAGAGCUCGAUGCAGCAGACCUUGAGAACAAGGGUUUACUCGGCCCUGGUACUACCACUGGCUCGAGACGCAUCCACAAACGGCUCCUCAAUAGCUCUGGCGAGGAUGAAUAUCAUGACAUCUCUCUUCAGAUCAACCUGGAAUCUCCCGACGCUACCAAUGCCUUUGCUACCAUACCAGUCUCGCUGAUCUCCCAUGAUUCCCUUGUUUACUUGGGGUUUUCAGCAGCCAAAUCGGAUGAGAUCUGGAGCCAGUGGACCGACUGGCCUUCUGAAGGGCCUUCUCGUGAAAUCGACCCCGAUAAUGGUGGUCUUCAGGUGACGUUUAUCGAUUUCGUCAGAUGCCGUCUUCGUAACUACGAGGACACAUACGAGGACAAUGAUGACCAAUGGUGUCAAUGCCUUUCCCUGUGCGGAAUGAGCAAGGCUGUCCAGGAUGCCAUCAUGGAUCCACAAUUUAAGCGCAUCCGCCUGACCAAUUCGUGUAUCUUUUGGAUCAGGGAUACCAUUGUCAUGCGGUAUGCCGGGCUGGAAGACAUUCAAAGGGCUUCCCGUCAGCGCGAGAUAGACUUGAUUCGUGUCAGAGAUUGCCAGGAUGGAAGUGGAAGCGGUCGUGGUGCUCAAAGCCGAAAUGGACGAGAUGGAAGUCCCCAGCCAGACGAUCAUCAACAGGCCACGCCUUGGGUCCCACAUGUGUUAUGGAACUCCGCCACCAUGAUGGAGGUCCGGAACAAUUAUGGCCAUAUAGUUCUAUUCAAGGACGUGGUUCACGCACAAGUCGCCGGCCUUUUCGACGAUAGCGGCAAAGUUCAGAGGAUUGAGAAGCUCCUCAGCCACAGUCCCUCAGAUUUCAGUGCAGCCCGGUCUCUCUUCUAUUUCACGCCAGACCACAGAGAAGCAGAAUACCGUUGUGCCUACGCAAAACGCCGUGCCAAUUGCGAGUCCGUUGUCAUGGUCUGUCUUACGAUCCCUCAGACAGCCAUUGACAAGCUGAGAAGACCUAAGCUCCAACGCCUGUACUGGCCCUCUCCGGAGUGGAAGCAGGUGGUCUGGCGCUCCAAAACAGUCAGAUCCCUCCCCUCGGCGCUCCGAAAGUACCGCGAUGCUCUCCUUAUAAUCGGUUCUGUUGCGAACGGCACCCAGCGCAAAUUUGAGAACAUGAAGUCGUGGGCGGACGUAGCCGACGAUGCUGUUUGUUGUGAUGUGUCAUCCGGGGAUCCGACCGUUCAAUAUGUCUUUUCAAGCGAAGAAGAGGGCUGCAAGUUUCUUAAGAAGUACGGCAAGUUGGAGGUGUUCCCCUUCGCUGCGGCCGAGCUUCAGAAAUUUCUAAAAAGAAAUCCUUAA